AUGAAAUUUAUAAGAAUCAAAUUUCAAAGCAAUAAUGGUUCAUUUAAAUCAAUCAUUUUUUAUUUCUCCAGCUAUCCAUCAGAUUUAAGUAUAGAUCCAAUUAUUGGUAGAAUACUUGAUUUAUCAAAUAAUAAUAAUAAUCAAAAUAAUAAUAAUAAUAUCAUUGAAUUUGAAGAAUCAUUAAUUAAUUCAGUAUAUCAAAGUUUAUUUCAAUUUGUACAAAAACCAAGUAUUAGUUGCGUUAAUUGUGGUGCUUAUGAAACACAAUAUCCAAGAUUAAAGAUUUCAUCAAUUUUUAAUACAAUCAAAUCUUCAUUUCAAUCAACAGAUAAUAAGCAUUAUUGUGGUUAUUUAAAAUGUAAUUCAAGUUUUGAUGAUGUUGACAGGUUAUCACUCCACAUGGUGAAAGAACAUCCAUGUGAUGAAACACCACCUGGUUCAAAAUUCUUUAUUAUUAGAGGUGGAUCAAACAAUUGA